AUCUAGCCAGCCAUCCAAAAGAUAUAUUGUUGACGACGCUUUACUAUUGCGGCUCUGCGAGUUGUUGUUCUUGAGCUUGCAAUAAUAAGUUAAGUUAUUUCUGAAGAGAGAGAGAGAGAAGAUCGGAGUUUGUUUGGGGGUGGCCCCGGGGUUCACGGGAGAUUUGUGAAAAUGCCGCACAGAACCACUUACUUCUUCCCCAGGCAAUUUCCGGAUAGAGGCGGCGGCGGACUCGAUGCAUCAUCAUCCCCAACUAAUAACUUCCUUUUAGAUCACGGCAAUAAUAAUAAUAAGAUCAUCACUAGUUCCGGCCAAAAUGGGGGAAAUUCGCCAUCUUCCAAUUCCUACCAUCAUCAUCAUCAUCAUAAUCAUCAUGAUUCCUACCAUGAUCUCCCUCCUCCCGCGGGAGGAGGAGGGGACAAGAUUCACGGGAAGCAAUUGUCUGCUUUUGUCGAUUGGCUGGCGGAGAAGAAAGUGAUCAUCAGAGACGACAAAUCACCCCAUGACAAUCCUCAUCAUCAUCACUUGAAGUCGUCUCAAGUGGGAGAUGAUGAUGAUGAUGUGGCGGGCGGCGGCAAUGAAUACAACCUCCUCUUGCUCCCAACUCCACCCGAGGCCGUGCCGAAAGUUGUUGUCGGCUCUGACCACUGCCGCCCUUCACAUGGAAAGAAACCAUCCUUGCAGAGGCCACCGUUUACCGGCAGCAAACCCAGCAUUGUGCCAGCCAAGAAGGGCAUCGAAAGGAAAGCAUCUUUGCAGCAGCUUUCAAGCGCAGGGAGCUCUACCUCUGCUUUCAGUUUGUUUUCAGGCUCCACAUUGGAGGGGAGUUGGCCAAGCACCGUGGUCAAGGAUUCGCACACCUCUACCACCACGGAGGCAGAGGUGGAGGAGUGUGCAGCGCCAAAGCGUAGCAGUCUUAGAGAUGGGGAGGAUGAGUUGGUAGUGCCAAGGUUGAGGGAGAGCUAUUACUUGCAACUCACCCUUGCCAAAAGGAUUGUGGAGCAAGCGACUGUUGCUAUUGAUGAGCCUCUCCAAGAAUGCAUCGGUGGGAAGGGUCUUCCAGUAUCUUAUGAUCCCGAGACCGUGUCAUUCCGCCUCUGGGUAAGUGGCUGCUUGUCAUAUGCUGACAAGAUAUCAGAUGGAUUCUACAACAUCUUGGGGAUGAAUCCGUAUUUGUGGGUUAUGUGCAAUAACUCCGAGGAAGGGGGCAGAUUACCAUCUAUGAAGGCACUUAAAGGUAGUGAACCCAGCGACACAUCUAUGGAAGUGGUGCUCAUUGAUCGGCGAGGAGACUCCAAGCUCAGGGAACUAGAGGAUAUGGCUCAAGAAAUAUUUUUCGCUGCAGAGAACACACUAGUGUUAGCUGAGAAGCUUGGAAAACUCGUAGCUGUCCAUAUGGGGGGAUCUUUUCAAGUGGAACAAGGUGAUCUUUACACGCGCUGGGAAAUUCUCAGCAAGAGACUUAGGGAUCUGCAGAAGAGCGUCGUCCUCCCAAUAGGUGAUUUGUCUACAGGGCUCUGCAGGCACAGAGCUAUUUUAUUCAAGAAAUUGGCAGACUAUGUGGGGUUGCCUUGCAGGAUAGCUAGAGGCUGCAAGUAUUGCGUUGAAGAUCAUCGGUCUUCGUGCCUCAUAAAGAUUAUGGAUGACAGGAAGUUUUCUAGGGAGUUUGUGGUUGAUCUAGUUGGGGAACCGGGAAAUAUCCACGGCCCCGAUUCAUCUGUCAAUGCCAGUGUUCUUUGCUCGGUGCCUUCCCCCUUUCAAGUUGCUCAUCUGAUGGAAUUCCAGCUACCUCACUUUGAUGGUGAUAAGGGUUCUCAUCUCCUCAAUUCAAAUUGUGGACUACCUUCUCCAGAAAAUUUUACCCUUUCAGAAGAAGAAGAAAGUCAACCAGUGUAUGACAUUGUCCUUAUUGACAAGACCAAGCCCAAAAAUGUCAAGUGCGGUCCAAAUCAGCUCUUCGGUAAACAUAAUAUAAGCAACAUAUAUAAUAAACCAGGAGAAGGUAAAAUAGCUCUACUACGGACAAACAGACAAGAGAUUGUUCAGUCUAGACCACCUGCAUUUGAUGGUAGGAGUCCUAGCAUAGGUGAAAAUGUGGAGGCUGAGAGUACCCUUGCGAAUCAGGAGAAGCAUUCUGAUGCAACCAUUCCAAAAUACUUGAAUCUUGAGCCAUCUCUUGCAAUGGAUUGGCUCGAGAUCUCAUGGGAUGAAUUACAUAUCAAGGAGCGUGUUGGAGCUGGUUCGUUUGGAACUGUACAUCGAGCUGAUUGGAAUGGAUCGGAUGUUGCAGUCAAGGUGCUAUCUGUGCAAGAUUUUCUUGAUGACCAAUUGAAGGAGUUUCUAAGGGAGGUUGCAAUUAUGAAACGUGUCCGCCACCCAAAUGUGGUUCUUUUCAUGGGUGCAGUCACUAAGCGUCCACAUCUAUCUAUAGUGACAGAAUAUCUACCUAGAGGGAGUCUAUACCGCCUGAUACACCGACCAGCUAAUGGAGAGAUAUUGGAUAAAAGAAGGCGGCUACGCAUGGCUUUGGAUGUGGCCAAGGGUAUCAACUAUCUCCACUGCCUUAGUCCUCCUGUAGUUCACUGGGAUCUCAAGUCACCUAAUUUGCUGGUUGACAAGAACUGGACUGUGAAGGUUUGUGAUUUUGGUCUAUCGAGGUUCAAACCAAACACGUUCAUAUCAUCCAAAUCUGUUGCGGGAACCCCAGAGUGGAUGGCCCCAGAAUUUCUUCGCGGGGAACCCUCAAAUGAGAAGUCAGAUGUGUACAGUUUUGGGGUGAUUUUAUGGGAGCUCAUCACCCUGGAACAGCCUUGGUGUGGACUUUGCCCUGCUCAGGUGGUUGGAGCUGUAGCUUUCCAAAACAGGAGGCUUUCCAUGCCAGAGAACGUUUCUCCCCUAUUGGCAUCUCUGGUCGAAGCUUGUUGGAAUGAUGACCCUGCCCAGCGCCCGUCCUUUGGUAGCAUCGUGGAAACAUUGAAGAAGCUAUUGAAGUCUCCCCUGAAUGUGAUUCAGAUGGGAAGAGAGACACAAAAAGACUCUUGUCCCGUAACUUAGUGAAGACUGAAGAGACGCCACACCACAGCAACUGACCCCGGGUUUAGAAGCUGAAACUUUGCAAAUAACACCAACGUGCAAAGGGAAAAUUGUAAAACCUAUUUUUGCGGAGAGGCAUAUACAUAUUUAUCAUCCUCCCCUCGGGACACUCGAAAUAUAAAAUGCAGACUUGCACCUAAUCUAUAUGGCUAUUUGUAUCUUCCAAAAAUGUUAUGUUCCUAUAGAGAGGAUGAAACCGCACAAUGGUGUCUCGUGUUCAAAAAUUUCAGAUGUGGUUCUAAUAAUUUAUUUGUUUAUUA